AUGCAGCCCCGCGCUCUCCUCCCCCAUUCCCCGCGCCCUUCCGCCUUUUCCCCGCUCACCCAUCCCCUGCUCACCCGCGUUUCCGCCGCUCCCCGCCGCAUCUCGCCUCGCGCCCAGCAAUCAGGAGCUUCCGACACUCCGCGCGCCGAUGCGCCCGCGCCUGCGCAGGCCACGAUGGCGGACGGCACGGAAUUUGUGCGCCCGCAUCUGCUCCGGCUGAAGCCCUACACCCCCAUCGUGCCGUUCGAGGUGCUGUCGGCGCAGCUGGGGCGCGCGCCCGAGGACAUCGUGAAGCUGGACGCCAACGAGAACCCCUACGGCCCGCCGCCCGAGGUGAGGGAGGCGCUGGGAUCACUGUCCUUCCCGCACGUGUAUCCGGACCCGGAGAGCCGGCAGCUGAGGGCGCUGCUGGCGGAGGACUGUGGCGUGCCCAUGGAGCACCUGCUCGUGGGCUGCGGGGCUGACGAGCUCAUCGACCUCAUCAUGCGGUGUGUGUUGGAGCCGGGGGAGGCGAUAGUGGACUGUCCGCCCACGUUCACCAUGUAUGCGUUCGACGCCCAUGUCAACAACGCACGCGUCAUCACGGUGCCGCGGCGCAGCGACUUCUCAAUAGACGUGGCGGGCGUGGCAGCAGCGGUGGAGGCGCAUUGCCCCAAGCUGCUCUUCCUCACCUCGCCCAACAACCCCGACGGCAGCAUGUUGAGUGGGGAGGACCUGCAGCAGCUGCUGCAGCUGCCGGUGCUGGUGGUGUUGGACGAGGCGUACAUCGAGUUCAGCGGCCGCCCCUCCGCCAUGCCCCUCGUGCAGCGCCACGCCAACCUCAUUGUGCUCCGCACCUUCAGCAAGCGCGCUGGGCUGGCGGGGCUGAGGGUGGGGUACGGGGCAUUCCCCCUGGCGCUGGUGGAGUACCUGUGGCGCGCCAAGCAGCCCUACAACGUGUCUGUCGCUGCCGAGGUCGCCGCCUGUGCAGCGCUCUCCAACCAGCCCUACCUGCAGGAGGUGAGGGUUGCGCUGGUGAGGGAGAGGGCGCGCCUCAUGGACCACCUCACAGCGCUGCCCUUCCUCAAGCCCUUCCCCAGCCAUGCCAACUUCAUUCUCUGCGCCCUGCACAACACUCACUGGACUGCCAAGCAGCUCAAGGAGGAGCUGGCACGGCGGGGCAUCAUGGUGCGGCACUACAGCCAGCCCGACCUCUGCAACUACAUUCGCAUCAGCGUCGGCAAGCCCGAGCACACAGAUGCGCUCAUUCUAGCACUCUCACAGUUAACUUAG